AGAGAGAGAGAGUAGAAGUAAAUAGAAAGGAAAGGAUAAAAAUGAAUGCGUUCGUAGAAGCGAACUCUAUAAUCCAUUUGCAACUCGUCUCACAUCUCUCUCUCUCUCUCGCUCAAGCUCCCUGCUUUGCUUUUUUCUUUUCCUUUCUUUUCUUUUCUACCAACCAGGCUCUGGUUCUUCUUCUUGUUUAGCUUCUAACCUCGUGGAGAAUCAAACCAGAGAGGAUUCGAACCUCUGAAGCACAGAUCAAUCAAAAACCCUACAACCCCCAAAAAAUGUGGGAUCUUAAUGAUUCUCCUCAUCCAUCGCAAACCGCUGAUGAAUCCGACGGAUUCUGCUCGUCCUCGCCGGGCAAACGGGUCGGAUCCUUCUCCAAUUCCAGCUCCUCCGCCGUCGUCGUAGAAGACGGAUCCGACGAGGAAGACGCUAACCGGGUCAGAACGGAACCUCCCGGUAACCGGAUUUUCGGGUUCCACGUGGACGUCGCCGACCCGCCGGUGACCCGACAGUUCUUUCCGGAGGCGGAAGGGAGCGGAGGACCGGGUUUCCCGCGGGCGCACUGGUUCGGGGUGAAGUUCUGUCAGUCGGAUCUAACCGGUUCGGCUAAACCGGCCGAAAUGGCUCAGCCGCUGAAGAAGAGCCGUCGUGGGCCCCGGUCCAGGAGCUCUCAGUACCGGGGUGUCACCUUUUACCGGCGAACCGGGAGAUGGGAAUCUCAUAUUUGGGACUGUGGGAAACAGGUUUACCUAGGUGGAUUUGACACUGCUCAUGCAGCUGCUCGGGCAUACGAUAGAGCAGCUAUCAAGUUUCGCGGAGUAGAAGCUGAUAUAAACUUCAACAUCGAAGCUUACGAGGAUGACUUGAAGCAGAUGGGCAACCUAACGAAGGAGGAGUUCGUGCACGUACUCCGCCGACAAAGCACUGGCUUUCCUCGUGGAAGCUCCAAAUACAGAGGAGUCUCUUUGCACAAGUGUGGUCGUUGGGAGGCUCGAAUGGGCCAGUUCUUGGGCAAAAAGUACGUUUAUCUGGGCUUGUUCGACACCGAGAUUGAAGCUGCUAGGGCUUACGACAAAGCUGCGAUAAAGUGCAAUGGGAAAGAGGCCGUCACCAACUUUGAUCCAAGCAUCUACGACGAGGAGUUCAACGCCGAAACGUCGGGUAAUAAUGAAAAGGAUCACAACCUCGAUUUGAGUUUGGGAAGUUGUGCGAAUUCCAAGCAAAAGGGUCAAGAAUUGCGGCCUAAGAUGAGCAAGCAGCAAGAACAAUACAGAUUAGGUUACACCGGAAUGCUUAAUCUCAUUCCUCAAGCGGCAAAUCACCAAUUUCCGGGCAGCAGCAACACUGGCAGCGGCGGCGCCGGAGAAUUCUCGCGUUUUCCGGCGACGGCGAACGAUCACCGGUUUGAUCGGACGAACCAAGUGUAUGCAAAUGCUGCAGCAUCAUCAGGAUUCUCUCCUCACCAUCAUCAUCAUCAUCAUCAUCAGAUUUUUACUUCACAUCAAAAUUGGCAGCAGAGCAAUGGGUUCCAUUCCUCUCUCAUGAAACCUUGAUCUUCUUCUCUUUCUUUUUUUCUUUUGAUAUGUUAUAUAAUUUUUUUUUGGAAAUGAAGAGAAACCCUAAGCCUUGAUCACCCACAUAUCUAUCUACGGCAAUUAAUAUUUUUCGUAAAUGUAUUAAUUUCGGUCUUUUCCUCUUUUUUUUUUUUUGGUUGGUUUUUGCAAAACCCCUUUUAUUCAACCUUAUAUAUUUUCUCUAGAGAGAGGGAAUAUUUUUCUUGUGAUAAGCGGCGUUGAUUGGCUGGCGGCUGGGGAGACAAAUAUUAGAAGGACGAUAUUUUUAUUUUGUUUGUAGAUUUUGUUUAAAAUUAAUUGCUGUUAAUUA